AUGGGGUCCGCCGUGGAACAGAUCAAAAAUGAGUUGGAAAACCAAGUCGUGUCAGCGCCGACCGCUCUGACCCCUGCAUGGCUGAAUAAGGUGCAACAACGGUGUGAUUGGCCCUCGACCAAUUACGCCGAGCUCUGUCAGUUGGCGCCACCACAGACCCGGACUGUUACGCGCUUCGACCGCCAAGGUCUGGAAGGCAAGGUUGCUGGCUACCACCAGGUCACGGUGCCCGCGACCGGUGCCACGGCCAAGAACUCUAUGUCGCUUCUUCGUCGACCAGCCACUCGAGCCGAGUUCGUGCGGGGGUCGGCUGGCUUUUUUCCUUUUACGCCAGGAGGCCUUGAGGGAGUAGAUACGAUCCAGGCCUACGAAGACCAGGCAAGUCUGGGGGACGAGGAUGAAAGGAGGCGAUCGUCCAAGACGAAGAAAGCCGCCAAUGGACUCGCACGAAUCAUUGAUUUUGGCGUCAGUGGUGAUGGCUUGUUGGAGGUGCCGCCGGGGUUUCUGAGGGGCAUGAGAUUGUCCGACCACAAAGACUCUCCUACAGAAGUAGAGGAUGCACACGACGUCGAGAAGACAUUAUUGGACGCAGACAACGAGGGUGGCGCUGGGGUGGAUCUUGCGCCUCCGGGGCACGUGGAUGACCACAAUGGACGCAAGACUACGAAUGAAUCUGACGACGGUGAAGGUGACAGCGACGAGGAGGAAGGAUAUGCCGACGUCGAUGAGCUAUUGCCAAUAGAGUUUCCGGCCCUCCAACCGCAUGGCGACUUGCUGCUACGAGCAGCGACGACCAAAGUCCCUGGGAAGAAAUGGGCUCACGUGGUGGACAUCAACAAGCCGAUCUCCAACUUCGAGGAUCUGGUGCCGGACAUGGCACGCACCUGGCCGUUUGAGCUCGACACUUUUCAGAAGGAGGCCAUCUAUCACCUCGAAGGGGGUGACUCGGUGUUUGUGGCGGCCCAUACCUCGGCGGGAAAGACGGUCGUGGCAGAGUAUGCCAUCGCCCUAGCGGCGAAGCACAUGACCAAGGCCAUCUACACGUCCCCCAUCAAAGCCCUGUCCAACCAGAAGUUCCGUGACUUCAAGACCGUGUUUGAUGACGUGGGGAUCCUGACGGGUGAUGUGCAAAUCAACCCAGAAGCGAGCUGCCUGAUAAUGACCACAGAAAUUCUGCGGAGCAUGCUCUACCGGGGUGCAGACCUCAUUCGUGAUGUGGAGUUUGUCAUUUUUGAUGAAGUACAUUACGUUAAUGACCUCGAACGCGGCGUGGUGUGGGAAGAGGUCAUCAUCAUGCUGCCGGACCACGUCACGCUGAUCCUGCUGUCUGCCACCGUGCCCAACACGUACGAGUUUGCGUCGUGGGUCGGGCGCACCAAGAAAAAGGACAUCUAUGUCAUUUCGACUCCCAAGAGACCCGUACCCUUGGAGCACUACCUGUGGGCGGGUAAGGAGAUCCACAAAAUCGUGGACUCAGAGAAACGGUUCCUUCAAAAGGGUUGGAAAGCAGCCAACGACAUCCUGUCGGGACUGGACAAGGUUAAGGAGCAGAAGGCGGUCGAGGCCCAGGCGACUACUCGUGGAGGACAAGCCGCGGGUCCGCGAGGAGGAGGUCGGACCCAGGCUCAACGCGGUGGUUCGAAUCAAAGAGGUAAUACACAGCAGCAGAGAGGCCGGGGAUCCGUGCCGACUCGCGGUCAAGGCAAUAUUGCGCGGACGGGACGCGGUGGGGGUCGCACGACGGCUGCUCAGGACAGAAACCUCUGGGUACACCUGGUCCAGUACCUGCGAAAGGAGAAUCUGCUGCCGGCGUGCAUCUUCGUCUUCUCCAAGAGGAGGUGCGAGGAAAAUGCCGACUCUCUGUCCAACCAGGACUUUUGCACGGCCACAGAGAAGAGUGCGAUCCACAUGAUCAUUGAGCGAUCAAUCGCACGACUGCGACCGGAGGACCGCGUGCUGCCGCAGAUCCGACGCCUGCGCGAGAUGCUGGGCCGCGGCGUCGCCGUCCACCACGGCGGCCUGCUGCCCAUCGUGAAGGAAAUCGUCGAGAUCCUCUUCGCGAGGACGCUGGUCAAGGUGCUCUUCGCCACGGAGACAUUUGCGAUGGGACUGAAUCUCCCGACACGCACCGUAGUCUUCUCGGGCUACCGCAAGCACGACGGCCGUGAAUUUCGAAAUCUCUUGCCCGGUGAGUACACGCAAAUGGCCGGCCGCGCAGGCCGCAGAGGUCUCGAUACGGUCGGGACCGUCAUCAUCGUGACACCAGGUAAGAACGAGGCGCCCGCGGCGGCAGAGCUGACGCAGAUGAUCACGGGCCCGGCCACCAAGCUGCGCAGCCAAUUUCGCCUGCACUACAAUAUGAUCCUGAACCUGAUGCGGGUUGAGGCUCUGAGGAUCGAGGAGAUGAUCAAGCGCAGCUUCUCGGAGAAUGCGACCCAGGCCCUCCUUCCCCAGCACCAAGAGCAGGUCGCCCUGUCCCAGGCGAACCUGGACAAGAUCAAGCGUGAACCCUGCGACGUCUGCGAUAUUGAUGCAGAGGCGUGUCAUGAAGCCGCCAUGGAGUUCGAGCGGCUGACCCGGGAACUUCACGUGAGCUUGCUGUCGUCGCCAGUCGGACGGCGGCUGUGGACGGCGAAGAGACUGAUCGUGUUCAAAAAGGACGGCAUCCGGACGGUAGGAGUGCUCCUCGAGGACGGGGUGCGAGCAGGGCCCAAUCGCGGGCUCAACGUUCUGGAACUAUCACACAUUGACGCACAGCGGUCGACCCGAGAUCUGCUUCCAUACUUGCCCCGUGUGCGCACGAUGUUCUCUGCUCUCCCUGAAAAGGCUUCGCAGGUCAAAUGGCAGAUUACCCAGGUUGCACUGGACGACGUGGAGUGCAUUACCCAGACGAUUGUCAAGGUCGAUGUGCGGUCGUUGAUGCAGUCCGACUCGGCGCGACAGGAAUUCGCCGAGGAUGACUUCGUCCGCACCUAUUCCUCCUGGGACUUGAGUGCGUGGGACGAGCAGGACUGGAGCAAAGUCCACGAGUUGCACAUCCGAGAGCUGCUGCUCAAGCGAAAGGAAGCGGCACGGGUGUUUGAGGCCAGUCACUGUCUGCGAGAGUGCCCGCAGUUCUUGAAGCACUACGGCAUGCAGCACGACGAGUGGCUGAUCCGGGAGAACAUCCACUCGCUCAAGAUGCUGAUGUCGGACCAGAACCUGUCACUGCUGCCGGACUACCAGCAGCGCACGGCCGUGUUGAAGGACCUGGGUUUCAUCGACGACCAGGCUCGCGUCCAGUUGAAGGGGAAGGUCGCGUGCGAGAUCCACUCGGGCGACGAGCUGGUGAUCACGGAGCUGAUUCUGGAGAACGUGCUCGCAUCAUUCGAGCCCGAAGAGAUUGUCGCCCUGCUCUCGUCCUUUGUUUUCCAGGAAAAAACGGACAACGAGCCCCAGCUGACCGGCAAUCUGGAGCGAGGCAGAGAUGCUAUCAUCGAAAUCGCCGAGCGGGUGAACCACUACCAGAUUCUGCACCAGGUGAUCCUAUCCUCGGACGACGGGGCCAACGAUUUCGCUUCACGACAGCGGUUCGGGUUGGUGGAGGUGGUCUACGAGUGGGCGCGGGGCAUGUCAUUCAACCGGAUCACCGACCUGACCGACGUGAUGGAGGGCACAAUUGUGCGGGUCAUCACCAGACUGGACGAGACGUGCAGGGAGGUCAUGAGUGCGGCGAGGCUGAUCGGCGAUCCGUCGCUAUAUGCGAAGAUGGACAAGGCAAGGGAGAUGAUCAGACGGGAUGUAGUGUUUACAGCGAGCUUGUACAUGUAG